AUUUGAUCAAGGAGCUAGGGUUAGCAAAGUCUCUCUCUCUACAUCCGCCGGCCGCCGCUGUCACCUUCUCCACCGCCAGCAUGGGUCGUAUGCAUAGUGGAGGGAAGGGUAUCUCCGCAUCUGCACUGCCAUACAAGAGAACUCCUCCCAGUUGGCUCAAGAUCUCAUCUCAAGAUGUCGAUGACAACAUCUUCAAGCUCGCCAAGAAAGGCAUGACUCCUUCUCAGAUCGGUGUCAUUCUUCGUGAUUCUCACGGAAUUGCCCAGGUCAAGAGCGUUACAGGAAACAAGAUCUUGCGUAUCCUCAAGGCUCACGGACUUGCACCUGAGAUUCCCGAGGAUCUUUACCAUCUGAUUAAGAAGGCCGUUGCCAUUAGGAAGCAUCUUGAGAGGAACAGGAAGGACAAGGACUCCAAGUUCAGGCUCAUUCUAGUUGAGAGCAGGAUUCAUCGUCUUGCCCGUUACUACAAGAAGACUAAGAAGCUUCCUCCAGUCUGGAAAUAUGAAUCUACUACUGCCAGUACUCUUGUUGCUUAGAAGGAGGUGAGUGAUGAUCAUCCAGCUCUUCUGCUGAUACUCUUAGGCUGCCUGUUUUGCUCCAUUCUAGUUUUACUUUAGUGUUGAAAUGACUUAAACCAAGUUUGACUUAAAUUAUUGAUAGUGGAAUCCUUUGGAUAUGUUAGACAGUUUUGAAUGUUAUCACU